AUGGUACAGACGCAAUUCUGUAAGAAGGUCAAGUUCGUGCGACACGACGGAGCUCGCGAGUUUGCAACCAACUCGCUUCAACUGUUCUACGAAGACGAAGGCAUUGAACAGCAGACAACGGUGCCGUAUGCACACCAGAACAACGGAACAGCAAUCGCGCCAUCGGGACUAUCGUCACGAUCGGCCGUAGCAUGCUUCAUCAUGCCAAACUGGACAAGUGUUUCUGGGCCGAAGCAGCGAUGA